CGGUAACCCGGAAGCUUCACGCGCUCCUUGCUGCUGUGCUGAGAGUCCUUCCUGUUUCAGAAAUUUGAAGGAAGCAGCAGCAACAGGACAGUCGCUGAGUAAAUAUGGUUUCCUCUCAGUGAUCUGCAUGAGGGACGGACCUAUGCGCUCUCAUCUUUUUUCUGCCACAUCAGCCUUGUACAUACUGUGGAUCACCAUGGCCCAGGUCGCUGGCCAGGAGGACAGGGAGAAAACCACUGCACUCAAAGAUUUGUUGUCAAGAAUAGAUUUAGAUGAACUGAUGAAGAAAGAUGAACCUCCUUUCACCUUCCCUAAAACACUGGAGGAGUUUGAAUAUGCCUUCAAUGAAAAUGGCCAGCUCCGGCACAUACAAACAGGUGAACCCUUUGUGUUUAAUGCCAGAGAGGAUUUGCACCGCUGGAACCAGAAGCGUUAUGAAGCUCUUGGAGAGAUCAUCACUAAGUAUGUUUACGAGCUGUUGGAGAAAAAGUGCAACUUGACUAAAGCAUUUCUUCCUGUGGGUGCUACAGACGAUGAACCCAGAAGUUUUAUCUACCUUAGCACAGAUGCCUUGACUAACCCGAACAAGCUGCUCGUGCUUAUCCAGGGCAGUGGUGUGGUGCGGGCUGGUCAGUGGGCCCGCAGGCUUAUCAUUAACCAGGACCUGGACUCAGGAACACAGAUCCCUUUCAUCAUGAAGGCCAUGGAGGAGGACUAUGGUGUGAUGGUGCUCAACCCCAAUGAGAACUACUUGGAGGUGGAGAAGUCAGCAAAGGACUCCCCCAUUAACUCUCCUGCCGAACCCUCGGAUGAACCUGCCGAGAAGAGGGAGCGCAAAGAUGAACAGGAGAGCAAAAAGAAGAGGGAAUUUUAUGAGAAAUACCGCAACCCACAGAAGGAGACUGAGACCGAACGCAUCCCAAUACGGGAAAACACCUCCUCUGAAGAACACGUGCUCUACGUGUGGGACCACUUUGUGUCCAAAGCUGCUGCCAAGAAUGUCUUCAUUAUCGCCCACAGCUACGGAGGCCUGUCUUUCGUUGAGCUAGUAAGUGUGCUAGUUUUUCACCUGCCCUCCUUACCUCCUAUUAAUUAAAGACACAUUGAGAUG